CACAGCUUUCAUUUUCAGCUCUAAUCCGCGAACAACAGCAGAGCGAAUAUUCUGCCAGAGAAAGGUGUUUUUUUUUCUACAUACAGCGCAUUACUGUCCUAAUUAAACGUGUGCAGAAAAGGAAAAGAUGCCAAGGCACAUUCCUAGAGUGAAAUCCAGGAUGCCACCAAAAAGGAGACAAGAAGCUCAUCAAGUCAGAGCCCAUAUGCCUCCAAGAAACAGAAUGAAGACUAAUACAGGAUUUAGAGGAAACACACAUCACACAACAAGAACACAUUCUAACCCGGGAUUUAGAGGAAACACGCAUCACACAACAAGAACACAUUCUAACCCAGGUGCCCAAGGAAGAGGAAACUUCCAUCACAGAAAGAGGACAAAUCCUAAUCCAGGGAAAAGAGGGGUACGGCCAAACCAAGGAAGAAAUCCUAAUCCAGGAUUUAGAGGAAACACGCAUCACACAACAAGAACACAUUCUAACCCAGGUGCCCAAAGAAGAGGAAACUUCCAUCACAAAAAGAGGACAAAUCCUAAUCCAGCGCACAGACAGGUGCAGGACAAAAGGAAAAUCAUUGUUCAGGCAGUAAAGAGCCCGAGGCCACCAAUCAGGAAAAUCAUGUCAGCGGUGGAGAUACUUAAACAGAAACUGAAAGCUAAUCGAGUACUGAUGGUUCGUCCCAGAGUCCAAAGGACAGGUCGUCCUGUUCAUAUGGGAGUUACAAGAAAGAAAACAAGAAAACGUUCAGCGCUGGAGAUACUGCAAGACAAGCUGAAAUCUAAUCAAGUACUGAUGGUUCGUCCCAAAGUCCAAAGAAUAACUACACCGGCGGUGACUGUCCAUCCUGUGGCAGCUACUGUCCAUGCUCAUACACAUGCAAGAACAGUUUCCUACCAACCACCACAUCGAGCGCAUCGAAACAGGACUCCACAUUCCAGCCAACAAGUGCCCAGUGGUUCUGCAGCCUCUGCUCAGAGCCAUAAGAUGGACAGCUCUCAAGCUGAUAAUGAGAAUAUUGCAGAAAUCACAGACAAAAGCCUGCUGUUUCUAAAGAAGCACCGAGCCGAGCUAAUCAAUAAAGUAAAAAACGUAGUCAGAAUCGUAGAUUACCUCGAGCUAUCCAGUGAAAAUGCAGCGAUUGUGCGAGCACAGGUGACGGACCAGGAACGGAUGAGGAAACUUCUGGAGUUUACAACCAGCAAACGUGCUGCAGAGCAUCUGAUUAAAGUCUUGGUGGAACAAGUAGGUGAUGUCAUGGAGGAUCUUAAUGAAUUCAGCAAUGCUGGAGAUGAUGCUGGAGAUGAUGUAGAGGAUGAUGGUGGGGAUGAUGAUGGAGAUGAUGCGGAGGAUGAUGGUGGGGAUGAUGAUGGAGAUGAUGCGGAGGAUGAUGGUGGGGAUGAUGCUGGAGAUGAUGCGGAGGAUGAUGCAGGGGAUGAUGUUGGGGAUGAUGCGGAGGAUGAUGGUGGGGAUGAUGCUGGAGAUGAUGCGGAGGAUGAUGCAGGGGAUGAUGUUGGGGAUGAUGCUGGGGUUGAUGAUUAAUUGUUUGAUUUUUUUUUAUUGUUUGUUUUUGGUAUUUUACUCAACCUCAACGUUCACUGACAAUUUGUUCAGCACUAUGCAAUAAUUUUUAUUCUUAAUCCCAUCAAAAGUGAUUUAAAACCAACCAAUUUGUCUAUAUGACAAUUAUUUUAGUCUAUAUGACAAGUAUUUUAGAUCCAUGAACAGCCAAAGCACAAACAUUUUUCAUGUUAUAUUAACCAUUUUUAGAAUGUUCUAACUGACCAACAGGUUCCUGACCCUGGUCCUGGAGAACCCUGUGUCCUGCACAUUUUAGUGUUAGUUUAGGGCUGAUUAUUUGAACACUACAGUGUGCAGGACAGGGGAUACCCAGGGUUGGAAAUGUGUGAAAAUCACUAGGUUUAUCACUAGGGGGCGAUGGCAGCUUAAGAACCAGGGUCUGUAUAGACGUCAAUUGGAAGUGUCUGUGGACAGACAAUUCUAGCAUCCAAACGUUUGGAUAGGAUAGGAUAGGAUUACACACAUGAGCCACUGUUAAUGCUCUAGCAGUGCAGGUGACCACAAGAUAAUAAACUGGAUUCAGAUGUCAGAUGCAGAACUGUGAUGGUCCUUUUGCCCCAAAAUACCAACAGGGUCUAAUUACAAAUUGCUAGCCCCAAUUCUACAAUGAAACAAAUAGAAAUAAGAAUCUUAAUAGUUAAACUGUAUAAAGGUUUGUGAGAUCUAGGCCAAGCUCUAAAACAUCUACUUAACCCAUUGGCUCAUUACCAUUAUCCCCUCAAUAUGUAAAAAAACGAUACAUAUAUUUCAAAAUAUAUAUUAGAACCCUCUUUUUCCAGCUUCAAAUGGCUUGCUUUUCACCCAGAAACAGCUCUCUGGUCUUCCUGUUGGUUUAUCUUUUUCAACAAAAAAUGCAGUCUUCACAGGCAAAACCCAGGGCUCAAACCAAGAGUAGACAUUCAAAGCUAUUAAUUCUUUAAACAAUCAAUCUAUCAAAGCAUACCCGGGUAACAAGAAACACCUGUCAGUCACUUUAUAAUAUUUUUGAUCAGCUGAAAAAAUGGGUGGGUUCAAACAAAAGGUGUCAUGCUGUAAGUUGUUUAAUACAUCUAGAUGUAACAUCAGGAAGUGAAAGCUGAAAUUCUGAUCCAUCAUCUCAUAUUUAUCUUUUGAUCUCAAUCCCAAAUGUCCAAAAAAUAUACAAAAUAUACAAAAUAUACAUAUACAAUAUGCCCAAACCCAAGACCCAGGUCUAAUACCCAAACUGUCUAACAAAAAUCAACCCAUAGCAGCAAGUCAAAUGUUGCUUUAUUACAUCGGAAAAACAUGGAUCUGGCAACCCUGUCUGCAUAUGGGUACAAACUGUGUUAUGAUACUGUAUGUUUAUGGUAUUAUAUGCCAUUUACAUUGGAAAUAUGAACAUCUUUACUUACCAUUAAUACAUACCAUGGAAAAUAAUAUAGUCUUUUAAGUGUGUUUUAAUAUUUCUGUCAAAAUGAGAGAUGAUCAUGAAUAUAUGUAUUUGAACUGGCAACCCAUUUAUUAGUUUACAGUGAGUGCGUUAAAACAAAAUUUUAUUUGAGUUUGACUGUGGCAAUUGGUGUGGAAUUGGGAAACUUGUGCCUUUAAGUUAAAGCACAGCUGUUGCCUUGUGAAAGAUGCUGUGUUAGACAGUAUGCUUCAUUUAACCCUAAUUUAGAACAAGAUAAAUUGCAAUUCUGCAAAUGAUACAAAACUACAUUUAUCCACAUAUGCACAUUAGGACUAUUUUUCCAUGAAAAGACUUUAAGAUCUGCAAAAAAAAAAAAAAGCUUACAUAAUAUCAUCAUUACUUGAACGCAUUAACUGGCGGGUGGGGUAUAUAAUGAAUAAAGACAUUUAUACAACAGUGCUGUUUGACUCUAGAUUUUGAUUGGUCAGUAGUUACGGCUGCAGGGUUUAUAUUAACCCAUUUUUUAAAAAGAGUUACCAUAUCUAUAGUAACAUCACACAAGUAGCUUAAAAAAAAGCUUGUAAUUGUUGAUACAAUGAAAUUUUCUGUUAGGAGACUUUUAUGUAACAUUUAUGGAAGGAGUCUACAGUGUAAAGCUAUAACAGAGAGAAGAAAAGAGAGAAGAAAAGAGAGGCUGUUGAGGGAAAGACUGUUUAUAGCUGCUAUAAUGUACUAUAUGUGAGAACAGGAACUAAGUUGCUUCAUAGAUUUUCCACAACAUUAAAAGUAACUAUAAAAAAUAAAAUGCAUGACAUUUUUAAUACAUCAUUUUAAUUGCUGGCAAAUUGCUGUGCUAUAAAAACUCCCAGGUGUUGAUUAUUUGAUAAAACAGCAUGCUGCAUUAUAUUUUAUCUAUUUUAUAUUUUAUCUGCAUUAUAUUUUAUCUAAAAAUCCAGCAUCAAUGUAACAUGAGCUCACGGUUGACCGGAUUUAUUGCCGCACUAAUACACUGAACAAACUUUAUGUAACCGCAUAUAACCAAAGAGUUCAUACAAACACAUGGCACAGUGUUGUUGUGUACCAUAAAUAAACCACACAGGAGAACACAAUUACCAACGCAUGCAAGAAAUGCAUUAGUAAUAGAGGCGAGAGGGAUUUGAAGUAGCAGCUAAUAGUCAGGGUAACUUAAUUAAAAAGACAUAACAGCUUGCUUUAAUCAGCCACAUGGUUUUUCAGCCGUAAAGGACAUCUGUUCUCACAGCACUUGAACUCUAAAAACAGCUUGUACCUACAUGUCUGACUAAGCAUUCACACUGGCUUUGCAGAAAGUGUUUAGAAAAUGUUCAUAUUGCAUUAAUUCAGCAAAAGUACAUGUAUAAAAAAAUAAAUAAUUAUAAAAUAACUUUAGAGUUGUCAGGUUAGUAGUUAAUGCAUCAAUACUUACCUAGUAUCUACCAAUCUGGAGAAUUUGGGGACUUUGGAGAGUGUUGUUAUUUUGUAAUUAUAUAUAAAAUGAUUUUUUUUUUUACAUUUUCAUUAAGAAAUACAGAUUUUUCUAAUUCCAUUCUCUUAAUCAGUCAGACAUUUUGUUUUUGUCCUCGAUGCUGUGCAUUCGAUAUGCACUUUAAGGUAUAUCUUUUAGGUGUUGAUCACUGUGUAUUAAUAAGAGAGAAGUACACUGAUUGAGAAACACUGUUUCUACCACUGUUUACAUUUUUUUUGUUAUCUUGUUAUUUUGUUAU